AUGUCUGAUUUAACGAGGAAGAAUCCGCCGCUGAUAGAAAUCAAUGAUUCUAUUGCCGAACUCGAUAGUACAAUAGACUCAUAUAUUGAAAAGUCACCCUUGACUAAUAAGUUCCGAGAAGAAAAUCCUAAUUUGCAUCCUGUUGGUGAUAAUAUAGAAGACCCGGCAGUGGAGGAUAUUUCAAUUGGCCUGUCCAUCCUAGAAGACACCCCAGAAAAACAUCCGGGGCCCUCACCGCCUGCAUUACCUCCAAGAUCCAACAUGAACGAGGGAACACUACCAAGCUUGCCACCUAGGUCGCGAACAUUUAGGGACAGCAUCAGUAAGCUUUCUAGAAGGAGAAGUGAAGGGGGAAAUGAGAGCCGUGGCUUUACGCUUAAGUCAUUUAAUAGACUUUCGUUAAAUACCUCAAGGCCACUCUCACCAGAGUCACAUUCGUACAGAUCGAAUGAUCAGAGUUCGUUAGCAUCAAGUCCACAUUCCCGUUCAAGUACAUCGUCAAUAACUAGUGAUGACGAUAUAUAUGCUAAACCUAAUACACCAUUUUGGAAAUAUCAUAUAUUAAAGUUCGGGAAGGAUCUAUACCUAACUACAAACCCCGGGUUGAAACAUAUUUACUGUCGUAAUGGACCUGGAUAUUACGUCGAAGUAGUAUAUCCUAAUAAAUACAAGUACCAUUCAUCACGAGAAGGAUUCAAGUUGAUAUUCAAAGAUAUUGCAUCUAAGAACGGUGAUAAUAACCCAGAAAUCAUGGUAAUUAUCAAAGAGUCUCUUGACGAAGGCGGAAAAUAUAAGAUUUUGCUUCCUCGUUCGAGUUACUUGUAUGAUGGUUUACUUUCUGAUGAUGAAAGCGAUGAAAUCGAAUCUCCUUUAUUUAGUGGAGUAACAAUUCCAACACCGAUUGACGACAAGUUUAUUCCUUACAGUCAGAUAUCGAAUGCUCAUGAAACUUUUAGAUUCAAGAAUUAUGAAUUCACCGACUUUUUGAAUACAAAGUGGAAUAUUGGAUCGAUACCAAGAAUUAAGUCAACAAGAAUGAGUAAGAUUAAAAGUAAGUUCAAUGAAUAUAAGGAUGACCCACUAUAUAAAUUUAUCGGAAAAAGAUAUAUAUACUUUCAUCAAAAUUAUAUUGAAGAUUCUCCUACCAGCUAUAAGACCGAGUCUAAUAACCCAAGAGAUAUUUAUUUGCAUGAUCAGGGAAGCACCCAUAAGUUCCCUCCAGUAUUGGGGCUUUUUAGACCCAAUGAAACAAGAACAAGGAAAAAGAUUAUUAAAAAGUUUAAUCAACAAGCUGAUAGAUUGGAGAGACUGAAAAACUCUCAAGAGGCUAUAAAUCAAGAAAAAGUUAAUUACAAACUAAUAGACAAUGAUAUUGCUGCUGGAUCUGAUAUUCGCAAUUAUUUCAUAGGCGGUGACGGGCUCUACUAUCUGAACAACCCGAAUGAUGAUACUCCUGAUAGUAAUAAGUUAGGCUGGAUCACUAUUUAUGAAGAUAAGAAUGUGUUUUCUAGAUCAAAAAAUAAAGGUAUGUUUGAUAUUGUACUAGGACUAACAUUGGCUGUUGGAUUUGAAAGUAGUUUAGAUUCAUAA